AUGAGGUUUGGGCAGCAGCUUCGUUCGUCGCUUAUCAAGGAGUACGCCUGGCAUUAUAUUGCUUAUGAGGACCUUAAGGAUGCGCUGAAGACGUCCUUCGAGACCCAGCCGACGCCUGAGAACCCUACGCCGAAGCGCAAGCCAUGGACGGAAGAGGACGAGAGGCGGUUCGUCGCCUUGCUUGAGAGCGAGCUCGAUAAGGUCUUUACCUUUCAGAAGGUGAAGAGCGAUGAGAUCGUUCGCCGCAUCAAGGCGAGUGACAAGGAGGUGAGCGAGGUGGUCGGGCGGUUGGACCGAUCUGGUGCGUCUGGGUCGGUGAGAAAUCGACAGCCUCCUCCCACCGACGACGACUUCCUGUUGCUCGAGGAAGACCUGAGUGAUGUGAUUGCCGAUGUGCACGAUCUGGCAAAAUACACUCAAUUGAACUAUACCGGCUUCCAGAAGAUCAUUAAGAAGCAUGAUAAACAAACAAGCUGGUGUCUAAGGCCUGUCUUCGCUACUCGGCUGAGAGCAAAGCCGUUCUUUAAGGAUAACUACGACGCCUUUGUCGUCAAGCUGUCCAAGCUGUACGACCUUGUGAGAACGAAAGGGCAUCCCGUCGAGGGAGACAGCGCUGCUGGUGGAUCGCAACAGAACUUUGUUCGCCAAACCACCAAGUACUGGGUCCAUCCCGACAAUAUCACAGAGCUGAAGCUUAUCAUCUUGAAGCACCUUCCAGUUCUUGUCUUCAAUGCGUCAAAGGAGUUCGAGGAGAGUGAUGCGGCUAUCUCUUCGAUCUAUUAUGAUAAUACUGACACCUGGGAGCUGUACACCGGACGUCUAAAGAAGACAGAAGGAGCAGAAGCCAUUCGUCUACGAUGGUAUGGUGGUAUGGAGACCGAUCAGAUCUUCGUCGAGCGGAAAACUCAUCGCGAAGACUGGACUGGAGAAAAGUCCGUCAAGGCUCGAUUCCCGAUCAAGGAGAAAUACGUCAAUGCCUAUUUGGAAGGGCGGAUGACCGUUGAGUCGAUCUUCGAAAAGGCGAGGAAGGAUGGUAAGAAGAGCGAGAAGCAGAUCGCGGAUUGGGAGCAGCUGGCGCGAGAGAUUCAGUAUCGGGUCAUCACCCGAGAGCUUGUUCCUGUCAACAGAUCAUUCUACCACCGAACUGCCUUCCAACUUCCAGGUGAUGCGAGAGUCCGUGUCUCUUUGGAUACGGAGUUGACUAUGGUCCGAGAAGAUAACCUCGACGGCCGUCAACGUUGCGGUCAAAACUGGCGCCGAAUGGACAUUGGAAUCGAUUACCCAUUCAAACAGCUCCCAGCUGCUGAUGUUGAGCGAUUCCCUUACGCUGUUCUCGAAGUUAAGCUCCAGACUCAGGCAGGUCAAGAACCUCCCCAGUGGAUCAAAGAACUCACGGCGAGUCAUCUCGUCGAAGCUGUACCGAAAUUCAGCAAGUUUAUCCACGGCACUGCCGCACUCCUCCCUGAUCGCAUUAACCUCCUUCCGUUCUGGAUGCCUCAGAUGGAUGUCGACAUUCGCAAGCCUGUCACCCCUGGCUUCGGUAUUGAACGCCCUACCCAGUCCAACCUAUCGACUAGCGAUGACAUGCUAGACGACGACGAGUCUGAUGAUGAGGGCGGAAUCCGUGUUGAUGGCACCAAUGGAUCUGUGCAGGCUAGCGGUACGGCAGCUAAUGGCAUGCAGCAAUACCAUGGCGACCGUGACCAGGCGACCAAUGGCUAUACCCUGAAUGGAACCGAAAAUAUGCUCGCUGCUCCUCGUAAUCUACUCGAUAUCGAAGAGCGUAUCGCAGCCGACGGACUACUCGGCGGAGAUGACUAUCCACUCUAUGACUCUGAGGAUGAGUCCGACAGUCGGGACGAUCUUGAGGAGGCAAGGCAUGUUGGCGGCUGGCAGUAUUACUACAAGCUUGCCAGGUACAAUCUCAAAUCUGCGGGCAAUAACACUCUCCAGUAUCUGAGUUAUCUUCAGCCAUUCCCUCAGCCUACAGAGUUGCCAGAAGGGGCCGGCGGUGGCCGUAACCGUCGUAUUCUUGGAGAUGACAUCCAGGUCAAGAGGUUCAAGGCUCCCAAAGGCAAGAGAAUCCACGUCCCAGUCCGUGUUGAACCAAAGGUUUUCUUUGCUGUCGAACGUACAUUCCUCUCCUGGCUCGAAUUCUCCAUCUAUGUCAGCACUAUCGCCCUCACACUCCUGAACUUCGGCCAUGAUAGCAUCAGCAUUAUUACUGCCUGGGCGUUCACAGUCAUGGCUUGUCUGUUACUCGUCUACAGCUUCCUACUGUACAUGUGGCGAGUCGAUAAGAUCCGCAAACAGCGCGAUGUCAAAAACGUGUAUCACGAAAAAUGGGGUCCUACUAUCCUUUGCGCCGGAGUUGUUGUUUCUGUUAUCAUAAACUUUUCACUGAGAGCCAAGGCUGGCGGCUUAUUUGGAGCCGGCGGCAGUGCUAACAAUACUGGCACUCUCGUGAUAGCGAGUAGCUUGUAA